AUCUAUCAGCAAAUCAGCAGAUACAAGUUGCAGUGAAGAAUUCGGGCAUAGGUGCUGCCGUUGCUGGGGGGACUGCAUUCAUUGGAGGACUACUAGCAGGCCCCCCAGGACUUGCUGCAGGCACUUCAGUUCCAUACUGAUGUUGUGAUUCCUAUAAUCCUGAUAGGAGGUGCUGUGGGGGGUCUCCUUGGUUGCUGGAUGACCAGCGGGCAGUUUAAGCCACUGCCACAGAUCAUUUUGGAGCUGCCAUCUCACCAGCAGCAGAAACUCUACUCUGACAUCAUGUCGGCGCUCGGCACAUUGGACUGGACAGACCUAGCGCAGCUGACAGCUCUGGUCAUGGGUAACGCCACACUCCAGCAGCAGGUGGCUGCAGCGCUGCUCAGCUACGUCAAGAAGGAGCUAAGAGCUGAGGUGCGAUAUGGAGAUUGACCAGCAGGGGACAGCACAGGCGGAGAUGAACAUUACUGACAUACUUACCAGUCAAAAUGUGACAAUGAUCUCACAGAACAGUUUAAGAUUGCUUAUAUGAAGGAAAAAGAAUGCAGAUAUUUGUGAAAUAGCGUUUUUUCACCAAAAUG